AUGGAAACGUUUCUUCUCACUUUGCGAAAAAUAAAUUUUAUUGUUUUAGCUAGUAUGGCUUUCAACGUGCUUGAAAUCCUUGAGCCCAAGCAAACCAGUGUAUGGGUGGCAAACGGCAAAUCUCGGCGAGUCUCAUUUGUGUACAGCGAUGAAGAGGCUGACAAAUGGCUUUUGAAGGUAUUGAACAGCAAGGGAGACAUCGUCCACUCGUACCCUGCCGAUAUAUUGUUUCCAGAAAAGCGGAGGGAAAGAAUGAUUUAUGAGAAGUAUGUUAUCGUACCGGAGAAUUUAGAAGGUGGGGAACAUAAGAUAAGAGUCUGCGCACUGCUCAAGGACAAAAGGGAGUUAUGCAAGGAUACGGAACUGUUUUAUAUCGAAGGAGGUCAGAAAACAGGUAAGCUGAACACCCGGAGAUUAAUUACUUAACAAAGUUUUAUACGGGGAGGUCACGCACCCGAGGUCCAACCGAGCUCUUAACUUUUACAUACCAAUUUCAUUGACGGAAAAAUGACCCCCUUCGUGUACCUUCUAUUGACCAAAGGCAUCUCUUUCACAUACCUAGUUUAGAUUUUUGCAUCCCUUUCUACCGUUGUCUUUAAAAUACGAAAAAAAAAUCACGAAACCAGAACGACUUCUCGCCCUUUUCACAGACACAAGACAUUUGUUAGGUACUUUGGGACUUUCCGACCGAACAGACAGAGUUCCCUACCUUUUGUACCUUCAACUCGUGAAAUCCCUACCCUUUGAUAUAACAAACACCUGAAAAAAGGUACCCCCUUGAGCCUCCCGGUGGGGGGUAAACAGUCCUGUCCUUCCUGAAAAAAAUUAUCUUCUGGAGGGGUAUAGGUUUGAAAAAGAGUUUUUAGUAUGCCACCCGGUUAACUUAGUUGUUAUACUAAGGAUAAAAACUGUUAUCUUGCGAGAGGUGGUGACCGGAUCAAGGCUAGCGCUGUUUUAGUUCAAAUGUUUUAGUGCUUGGGCUGUAAUUAUUUAACAAUUAAUGAAUGAGGCUGAGUAUUUUAUAAAGAAUUAUGGAGAUCGAGGAGGAGGGUGUUAUCCGUCUAGGCAGUAGGCCGAGGCGGAUAACACCCUCCUAGAUCUCCAUAAUUCUUCAUAUGAUACGAAAGCCGAAUUCAAUAAUUGUUUUGCUAUUCAUUCAAAAAUAUUUCCUAGUUUAAAAACAUAGCUGAGACAUGCUUACCUCCAUCGAUGUUAAGUUGAUCUUCGAUAGUGCACGUUUAGGUUUGUUCAGCUCCGCAAAUAUUCUCCAAUUAGCAGAUGUCGCCCUUCGAGUUGUCGUCUUGCUGUUCUUGCCAUGUUUUUAGCUAUUAUUUCGACGAGAGAAAUGUCCGCCAUUUUUAUUUUCCAACCGAAACAACUCAACCUCGUCCCCAGGUCGUCUCGGUGACGGUGCAUUAACUUGCAAGGAAGCUGCACUUUUGACGUCAUCGGUUGAUUAAUCGUAAAAUUCUUCCAAAUGUAGUCAUCAGUAGCUGUUGUGGUGAAUUAUGCCUGUGGUUUUAGCCAACGAGAAUCGGGGAAAUUAUUUAAUGAAUGAAUAAUAAAACUACAUUAAGUAGCCACAUGUCAGGGAAUCCGUGUCAUCCUUGGAUUCUGGAUUGCAAGCAAUGGAUUCCGGAUUUAAUUUACUGGAUUCUGGAUAUCGCUCUUUUAAGUAGCGAGUAUCUUUAGGGUACGCGAAGACUCUUAAAAAGCGGUUGAAAUGUUUCAUGGAAGUGCAGACGUCCAUCAAAAGAGAAGGCGCCCGCAUGUAGAGUGCAUGUCUUAAGAAUUAACAACCAUUUUUGCCUUUACAAAGGUGACAAAGAAAAUCUUCAGCCGCACGAGAAAAGAUUUCAAGCAAGAGUUAGCAGUUUUGAGGAUUUUCUGAGAAACCUAGACCCAGAGGACACCUGGCCAAUACAUAGUACACACUGUACGAUACCAAAAAUUCACAAGCCAACUAAACAGGAAUUUACCGAGAAGUGCAUGAAACCAGGUUAGAAACAGGCGCAGAAAUUCCCUACUGACGACGCGUCACUACCCAGAUCUGGGUAGUGCUUUCCUUUGGCUGAAGAUUUGCUUCAACCAAUCAGAAGCACUACCCAGAUCUGGGAAGAGACGCGUCAUCAGUACGAAAUUUCUGCACACGUUCCUUAGACGUUUCUUUGUCGCUUCGUGGAAAACCAAGGAAUGCCAGCUUUUUCUACAUCUGCCUAUUGGAUUUUCGAACUCUCGUCUGUCACUUGUAUAAUCUGAGCUCUCGUCUAUGUCACUUAAAUAAUCAUAAUAUGUUACGCAGGUCAAGCAUGUAUUAUAACAGGCAUGAUGGAUGACUGGAAAGCAAUGAAGAAGUGGCCAUUUGAACAGUUUCAACACGACCCUCGAAUAGCAGACGGCGUUUUUGUCGGUCGGAGGUCGACACCAGUGCCUUUAACAAACUACGUGACAUACUUGAAAGAAAGGGCAGCCAAUGAGACUGCGCCGUGGGUCAUUUUUAUGUCGGACGUGUUUGAUUUGUAUCCCGAGCUGAGGAUGGUGAGUGAUGUAGUGAUGAACAUGAUUGUUGUAACAGCUGUGAAUUCAAAGAAGUCAUGUUUAUUGUCCUUGCCAAAACUUAUCAGCAAGGAAAGCGCGGUUACUUAGCCAACACGGCCAUGUCACGUAUUUGACAGAAAUAACUAACGUUACUAUAGACUGAGUGAAUUCUUAUUGUUUCACUAUGACGUCAUUAACCGUAUAUGGAUAGCAGAGCACGAAAUAUAAAGGUGAAGGAUUUUAAAACGGAGGUUGUCGAAAACGCUGUAGUAAGUGACUCGUGGGUUUCGUAUCAGUGUGACCGGGAGAAAAAAAAAAUCCAGGUAACUCAAACACUGCCGUAAUAGCUCCUCAAGUAGAAUCGAACUUAAAGAAAUGUGGAUUAAAAAAAAGAGAGAGGGAAAAAAAAUCACGGUUGCCUCUUAAGCAAGCUCUCUAAGAGGUUACACAUGCCCAAAAAUGGAAACGGAGGAACCGAAAACGAAUUAGCAGAUGGCUUUUGAAUCCGCAACUUUUUCUUUUCUGUGGCUUCCGUCCACACGUAUCCGGUGAAUCCUGCAUACAAAUCCGCUCUCCAGAGUGGAAUUUUUUUGAAUGCGCUAAGAAUCUGGAAUCGUGUGGACGCUAGAUCCAGAUUUUUUUUUAAACAGUGAAGUAACGAGAUCGACCCCAGUUCUUUGCCGUGAAUAUUCAAGUUGGUGCCGAGCACUAGGUUAUCUCUUCUUUACCUCUUGGACUUCAGUUUUAAGUCUUAUAACGCGCGUGUAAUUAACGCUAUUGUAGCUAUGAUCACUGUACACUGCAAUUAUGCCAAACGCUUGCUCGACGUGUACAUUCUGAGGCUUCUGUCCAUGUCGGACGGUAGUUAAAUGAGCGAACUAGUGCUUUGUGGGACGAUUUUGUCAGCGAAACAGUUAUUUAAAAAGUGGCGAGAAAAGUUCGCAUCGCUAUACAAAUCAGCUGACGAACUGAGAGUGAAUCCGGUUAUGUGUGGACGGGCAAAUUCGAUUUCGAUACGCUACGUGUGGACGAGAAAAUUUGAAUUUGCAGAGAAAAGUUUGCGGAUUCCAAAAAGAGAGUAUUGACGGCCGAAAACGGUUCAAAAACCGUUGGCAUGGGGGUGUCGCUCUCAACGCGUUUUGUUAUCCUACUGAACAGAGUCUUAGCGUACUGAUUUGAAGCUUAAUAGGAAUGGACUCAUAACCCCUCAUUCGGUGUUUUAGUAGUAGAUACGGGAUAACAUUUUACAAAUUCCUCUCAGUUUGCAAAAUAUCCGCGUACAAGGUGCAUAUCUUACAAUGUCCUGGUUGCCGUCGCUCGUUAGGCAGUUUGGCAUUUUGACGAUUACAAUUCGUUGUCAUUUUUGACAGGAUUAUACUGUACCGGAUUUCUUUUCUGAAUCUGAUGACUUCUUGACUGGUUUGGAUGACGAUUUACGGCUGGAUUGGCGCUGGAUUAUCAUGGCUGCCAAGCGUAGUGGCUCCGGAUGGCACGUGGACCCUGCUAAUACCACUGGAUGGUUGGCGCUCAUACAGGGGGCUAAAUUAUGGGGAAUGUACCCACCUUCUGUAUAUCAUAUUCCUGGUGAGUUUGUGAUAAUUGGUUCUUAUAUAAAACGUGCCUUGAGGUGCUCUUUUCGUUUAGUGAUCCCAGCUAAAACCAUUUAAGACCCUUGGUAAGUUAAAUUCGACAUCCGCCAAUGACAUCGCAACUCACAAAAAAAAAUCUAAAUUCGGGGAGACAUGUUAUACAGUAUGAUCAACUAUAUACUGAGCGAGGAGAGCUAGUAGCCCUUCAAAAGGGCUUUAAAAAAACGCAAAAUAACGACAGAAUGUUUCUCGUUUAGUCUGCUACCUAAAUUUCACUUUCAAUAUUUAUAGUGUCCAAUGAAGUCGAAAUUCAUCACUGUUGUCAUGGUUUUUGUUUAGGUGUGAAGAACAACAACUAUAAGAAGAGAGAUUACGACAUGGAAGAUGCAUUCUAUUGGUGGAUCUAUACUCGGCCAUACUUGGUAUGAUCUUCAGCCAGAGAAGAUUUAUUUUUUCCCUUCGAAUUCAUUGCUGUUAGGUUUACACCAAUCUCACGUCGCUUUAUUAAAAAAGUUAAACCAAUUCAACAGUGUCCUUCCUCCACUCUCCAAGCUUUAAAGUCAGAUAACUUCAAAACCGUUCAAACUAUGACCUCUAAACCUAGCGAAUUUUACCAAAAUUUAUCUUGAAACAUUUUAAAGUCGUCGUAACUUGAAAGUCACUAUUGAUGUUACCAUGACAACCGAGUUUUAAUAUGUGCAAAUUUCAAAAAAAAAAAUGUAAAAGUUUUGUUUGUUUGUUUGUUUGUUUUUUUAAAUAAAAUUCGGUUUUAUCUUUCUAUUUUUACUUACUAUACUGAAUCCUUUUUGUACCAUAUAUAUUAGGCCAAUUUUAGUUUGUCUUUGUCACUUGAUAAUGAUGUCAUGACGACAUCGAAACGUUGUGUUAAACCUUUUACGCUUAAUAGCUUUAUUCGUAAGUGAAUUCUUACAGCUGUAUGUAACACUUUAAGGAGCUCUGUCAUCAAAAUUCAAACAAUGGGAAAUGCUUCGUAUGAAUUGAAUAAAACAUUUAAAUAACUGCUCAAAACACGAAAAGAAGGUGCAGAACGAAUAACACAGGAAAUUCAAGUGAAGGCACGGAUGGUCAAACUUGAAGGAAGAUUGAAACGGACUGCAAUAGUGGUUUUUGAAAACUUGUUAGCCUAACAGUAUUUCAAAGUUCAUUUCAUAAUGCUGGGGAGACAUAUUUCAUUGACACGAAGCUGUCGCUUUGUCAUUUACAUUAAUUAGUUCAAGUUCCAUGGACGAGCAAUUGUCGCAAUUCGCAUUACGAAGUAAGAAAAUGAACUAGACACCCGUGACACAGACAAUUUAACUUAGCGUUAGUUUAUCCACUUUAUUAUUUUAUAAGCAAUGCGUUUACCAAUUUCUGUAUUGUACAUGUGUGUUUCUUGGUUUAGAAGAGUAACCUGCCUAUCGAGUGUGUUCAGAAACCAGGGGAUAUAGUCUUUAUCCCUAGUGGCUGGUGGCAUGCUGUCCUGAACCUUGACGACACCGUUAGUGUCACGCAAAACUUUUGUAAUAAAUACAGGUAAGCAUCGUCCUUGAUUUAAACAGCAUUACAGAAAGACUUGAACAGUGUACGUAAUAUUUCUUCCCACCUAACCCCCCUCCCCCCCUUCCAACCCCUCCGUCCAACCCAACUUCUUGGGAGAGGCGGGUGGCAGUUUUCCGGUAUUUCCUAGUUUGGUCACACAAUGCUACCAGCGUCGAAGAAAACUUUGAAAAAAAUUCUAAAUUAUGUUAUUUUCGUUCAAAAAUUCAUUCAGGGCUGUCAACUAAAAAAAAAAAAAGAAAAACAGAAAUAAACGGAAACUCGAAUAAAGGAAUGUAUAUAUAAGUAAACUCAGCUUCUCCAGACCCAGCUGAUUUUAUUGCCCUAGACUAGACCUGUUUUCCCUUUCAUAAACGGUCGUUGACAUUUAAUUAAUUCUGUCGAUGCCACCAUUGAUAACCAAGCCUUUAAUUACGAUAGAUGUAAACGAGGUUUAAGCCCGAGUAAAAAUUACGUCAAGGGUUAGGGAGGUUAGUUAGAUGUCUCUGGAGAGACAGUUUAUGAGAACGUGUGUAAGCAUUUUUUUCGGAAUCGUGGCGAGUUCUGUUUUUAAGAGAGAUCCAAAGAUUAGUAUAGGAGAUCCUUGAGUCUGAUUCUGAGAGUCUUUCCAUUAGAAACGCUUUUAAUGAAAGGUUGAGAAUCAUAAGAAAGGACAUCGACCGUUAACGAAAGGAAGAUCCUGAAGAUCGACGAAAUUUCUCUGAAUCGUCCGCAGACCGAUACAUUUUCGGCCGUAAGCCGAAGCUGCAAGAACAACUUUUGAACAAAACCUGAAACUGCGCAAAGUUUGAUUUUUUCUGGGGCGAAUCUGCAGUUUUGCUCUUCUGUUUUUAACAGCUUCCGGAAUUGCCUUACGGAACUCAGAGAGCAGGCUGACAGUGAUGACGGCUUCAUCGGUCGAACAUUUGAGCAACUCAGGGAACUUUAUUCUGAAUACUACCCAGAAUACUUUGAGGCAGAGGAUCUCGAGUUUGAGGCUCCCGUGAAAGGCCAUGGAUUAACAGAGGACGAUGAAAAGGCGAAACGAAUUCAAGUAUUGAAGGACUUUUUUGCAGGAAAAAGCCAAAAUCUUAAUUGA